AUGAAGAGACAAUUCAGCCACCUACAAAUAUUAAACCUAGUGAAGAAGAAUUUGCUUAAAAAUCCUGGAUUGCCACCUGCAUUACCACCCUCAUUGUCUACAAAUACAGAAAAUAAUGGAAAUAACCCAUUAGCAAACAAUAAUGAAGAAAAACCUGAAAAUAACAAAAAUUUGGAAGAUAAAAAGGAAGAAAAAAUUAAUUCGGGAGAAAAUAAAAAUAAUAAUGAGCAGAUUAAUGAAGAAUUUAGAAUUGGACAAGAAACAACUCUACCUUCUUUAGCGGAUUCAAUCCCGACAAAUUCUGAAGGUUUCCCACCAGCUUCACCACCUAGUUAUAUUCAAUGUCUUCACAGAAUCCAAUCAAAAAUAUGCGAUCCAGAUAAUGUUUUAAUACAAAGUCAAAAAAGUGAAAUUGAUGAAAUGCUUAAAGAAUUAGAAGAUGCUACUCGAAAAGAUAAUUUACAAAAUGAAUGCGAUCGUAGUGGACUUGAAGUGAUGGUUAUAAUUGUUAAGCAUUCAAAUCUACUUGAUAAUACUUUAGAUUCUGUUCAAAAGAAAUUAAGUGAUGCAUUAAAUAUUUGGGUACAAGAUCCAGAUCAUCAUUGUGAAAAACCUUUAAUUUUAAUGAUGAGUGCUGAUCCUGAAAUUCCAAACCGAAAAGUUUGGACAGGUCGUCAUUAUUCUGUUCCUGUGGAUCCUGCUGAGCUAGUCAAACUAUUUAUGGAUCAAGAACAAUUACUCGCAAAAGAAAAAUAUUCGGAAGUAAUAUUAAACAUAAUAGACGGUGUUUUGAAUAAAUACGAACAAAGAGCAUUUAAUGGAUAA